AUCCGCCCAAGUUUUUUUGUCAAGUUUAUGUCACGUGACUUAAGAUGGCGCACUUGUAAAUUUAGUGUGGAAUGUAAUGGGAAAAGAAGAAUGCUGAAUGGCAUUUGAUAAGAAUUCAAGCCCCGUCUUUGGAGGUGGGGAGAUCAGUGUAGAUCUGCCCCCGGGGGUGCCGCUGGACAGUCCUCUGUACCUGGUGUUUGAGGGGCCCUAUCAGAGACACAUUACGGUGGGGAUCAGGCGCGGCAACACCUGCUGGGCUGUUAUUCCAGCCCACGGAGAAGCUGAAAAAGUGCAGUUGACUCUCUUCAGUUACUAUAACAACGAUAUCUGUGCCUUGGUAACCUCUGCGUUUGACUUCUAUCAUGAUUCCACCUACUUUCUGGCCUGUUUUUUAGUAGAGAGUGUAUAUAACUUAGAGGCAUUAGAGGACUUAGAACUCAUAAAAUCUGACAAGUUUGACUUGGGGGAAGAAAAUCUUGGAACACUGGAUGAGCGGUUAUACCUGGCCUUGAAGUACCUAGAAAUUCCUGAAUGGUGGCAUAUACUGGGUCCAAACUCACCAGCUGUUUCAGCAGAGCAUAUACCACGUGAAACUCUUCUACAUUUUGUGGCUCGUCUUGGACUUAACAAAGUUGCUCUCUUUUUACUGGAUAAAAAUGGUGCUCAGGAAGCUCUGCAUUUACACAAUCGCCAUGGAAACCUCCCAAAGGAUCUGGCUGCUGAAAAUGGACACCCAGAGUUAGCUUCAAUUCUGGCAGAGUUUAGUGGUCACUCUGUAAGAAUAUACACAGAACCUGUUGCCACGGAUUUUGGAAUUAUAUGUCAACUGGCCAAUGGUCAAAAGUCCAUGAGUACCAUCACUCGCAGACCAGUGGAGGAAGAUAUUUACAUCUAUCAUGAAAUGAUCAGCCAGGAGGAAGGGGGAGAUCACUCUGUCCAAUUGGACUGUCAGACAUCCUGGCCUGGCACAGAAAAUGAUACAGAGAACCAGUCUAUGGCUGAGAUAGAGGCGGACGGGGAAAGCAAGUUACAGACCAUUAUAGAAAAAACCCGAACUUUGCAGGAUGCAAUAAAAAAUGUCACCACUGAUGACCUUGAUAAUUCCCUGGAAGACCUUGAAUCUCCCGGACAUUCCACGGAAGAUUUAUCGGAUGUAAUGUCAGACAGGGGAGAGAUGGAUCAGGGAAUUUAUGAGGGAACAUUGACUGCUGUACAAGGCCUCAAUGAAGACUUGUUUAAACUGCGGGAUUUCCAUCGCAAUAAGCUUCACACUCAGGAUCACUUAGCCAGGCACAGUAACUCUUGUCCUUCGCUGGAAAACGAAGGUCGGUUUUCACCCCUGCCAGUCGUUCAACAAGGUGAGCGACGUAACUCCAUGCUGAAUUUGGCCAAGGAUGACGUGGAACCAUUUGAUUCACAAUUCUCAUCUCAGAUCCCGCACGAUUCAAAUGACACAUCUGGUGUUCAGAUUUAUGUAAAUGGGAAAACAGUUGAACACACAGACAGUCAAGAAGAGCCCCUGGACUCGAGUCUCAACAACUUCCUAAAGGACUUCUAUGGGGGUAACACUCCUGGGGUGAGGCGAAGAAGCUGGGGUCCCAAUCUGAUGACCCAGAAUGCUAUAGGACACAGAAUUAACAGGAAAGCUAACCCAGUUCUGUCUGGUAAAAGUUGUAGCCUGAACAGCUUAGAUGGUGAUGAUUCUGAUAAUGAAAUGUCGAACGAUGAAACUGACGACCAGAAGCCAGCCUCGCCCACAGAGUCACAUGACCAGGUGGUUCCUCCUGUAGCCAUGGAGGGGCUCACGGUUACCCCACCCACCUCCUCUCAGUCCAGGAAUUACAACCAUGAUAAAGAUGAUGCCAGCCAGGGCCAAACUUUGACAAGAACACUUCAUAGCAUGAAGAAAGAGCUUGUCUCACCCAGGCAAACUCUGAAAUCCCUGUCGCAAGACGGAGAAACGACGAUGUCGGGUCAAAGUGGAGACUCGACUGAUGAAGAUAUGACCUCUAACCUUAAUGUUCCACAUUCCACCAUGACUAAAUCAAUGUCUACGCCCUCAAUCCCAGCAGCUGUUUCCCCCACUGAAAAGAAGUCCUUUCAGAAGGAGGCAAAACAAAGGGCUAAACUAUUCCGAUCCAAUACCCCCUCUUAUCUACUCAUUCAAAAACUUAUAGAGGAACAUGACGCACAAUUUCGAAGACAAGAAGAGAUUCAUGAAGAUGAUGAUGAGAGAACAAACCGAUUACUGGGGCGUAACAACAGUAAAUCCCGCAGAAAAUCGGAACUCUCUCUGCUUGACUUCCUCAGCGAAAGUGCCAACUACACAACAGAUGAGCAGGCAAAAAUUGCUAAGAGAGAGAAAGAAGAAAAAGACAAGAAACGCAAGAGUAGCGUGUUCUCCAGAUUCGGUAGCAGUUACAGAACAAAGAAGCACAAGGAGAAAGAGAACAAGGGUCGCCAUGGUCACAACUUUGUUAGCGUCAGCUUCAGUAACUCCACCUCGUGUGAUGUGUGUUCUAAAUCCAUGGCCAACAAAGCAGCACUCAGAUGUGAAAAUUGUUCAAUUAAUGUCCAUGAAAAUUCCUGCAAGGAGCAGAGUCCUCACUGUGACAAGAACAGACACACCAUCAGGGUUCCUCAGCGAGGCCCAGAAACUGGAUCAAUGACAAACCUCCACACUCAGGAUAAACAACUCACAACUGGUACUGCGUACUCGGGUCUGCGACCCACCCAGUCCUUUAAGGAGCGGAGUCCUUCAGCGGGGGUCCCACUGAGGAAUCAGGUAACCUCCUCACCGGCAGGUGUCUCUCUGUCCGCUAUACCUGACUCUUCUGAACCUGACGAAAACCAGGGAGACAGACAUCAUGCAGCUCUUCACAGAAGAAGUUUACCAAAUGCAAGUUAUUCAGUAUCACCACAAUACCAGAGACCUGGCUAUCAGCACUGGCGCCGCGCCAGGGAGAAGCUUAUGGGCAUUGACAAAGCAAUUCAUGAAGAGACUGACCAGGAUAGACAAGGACCAGGGCAGGACCUAGGUCAAAUAGGGUUAUCUAGUGCAAACUCCAACUCACUGGAAAUCAUCCUACAGAAAAGGAAACAUUUCAACUCACAAGAAAUUAAAAGACAAGACACAGUAUGGGAACUUAUCCAGACAGAGAGACACCACUGUAGAACAUUAAAAAUUCUACAAAGGGUGUAUGCCCAGGGAAUCCUGCAUGAUCUCCAUAUGCCAAAAGCAGUUGUUGAUAGGCUCUUCCCAAAGUUGGAUGAACUGAUCGAAGUCCACAUGGGGUUUCUGAGGAAUCUUCAGGAAUUACAGAAACGUCAUCCAGAUCGAUCUGUAGAGAAGAUUGGUGACACGCUUCUCAACCAUUUUUCUGGAGAAUCAGCAGAGAAGAUGAAGUGUGCCUAUGGAGCAUUUUGCUGUGGGCACAAAGACUCGGUUCUUUUUUACAAAGACCUCCUAAUAAAAGACAGAAAAUUCCUUAAUUUUAUCAAGAAGUGCAAUAAUGACCCUUUACUACAAAAGAGAGAGAUACCUGAUUUUGUUCUUCUAGUCACACAGAGACUCUCCAAGUACCUGGGACUGCUCGACACGUUAAUCAAAAGAACUACAGUGAAGGAGGAGAGACAGAACAUCAGUCGGUCGUUACAGCUCAGUAAGGAGAUCUUACAGAGCGUAGACGACCAAGUCCACGAACAGGAGAGAAUACAGAGGUUACGGGAAAUCUACGAGGGAUUCGAUCCUAGAGCUACCACUUUCUACAAAGGAAAGAAAUUCAAGAAAUCAGACAUAUCUUCUCAUGGGCGUAAGCUUGUGAAAGAAGGAACAAUUGGUUUAAAAAGUGCUCGAGGAAAAGUUACAGAAGCAGUCAUGGUAGUUUUGACAGAUCUCAUCUUUUUCAUGCAGGAACAAAAUGGCAAAUACACAUUCUUCUCUCAGGACAAUAAAUCAUGUGCAAUACCCCUGUUUGAGCUACUGGUCCGAGAGAAGAGUGACACCAAAGAAAGUAAGGGAAUUUACUUGAUUAGUCAGAACAAGCAAAACCCAGAAAUGUACGAGAUUGUGUGUAACACAAACAGUGAAAGAGAGGCGUGGAUCCGAGAGAUACGGGCAGCAUCAGAGAAAUGUCCGGCGGAUGACGAGUACGAACAACAGGAAGAUGACGAGGAAGAGAGAAGACAAAUGGAGGCUCGGUCAGCGAAGAUCAAGGAAAUCAUAGAACAAUUACACAGGAAGGAUGAUGAGAUUAAGUCAGUAUGUAAUACUAAGAACCAGCUGAUGAUAGAGCUCCUGGAGAUUUACAACAUGAGGGACCAGACUAAGCGGCCGGAUUCUAUGGGGUCAGAGGAGGGAUCUGAACACAUGGAUGCUCUACAGGCAGCAUUACAGCAUGUGACAGUAACAGCCUCUAACCUGACCAACAUGUUAGAGGGAGGGGACUCUAGCCACAAUCAGCUGAUGCGUCACGUCAGCAGUGUGGGGGAACACGUCAGUUCCUCGUAUCAAAUCACGCCCAUGGCCAAGCGGGCGGAGACCUUUGCUGGCUUUGACACUGCAUUUGAUUUAUCAAAAGGUAAUGAUGGUAAGCGGUACGGUCAUGUGAUGGACAGUGACAGUCAUCUCCCGCAGACUGACAGCGACUCAGAACUGUCCUAUGAUCAGCAAUCUCUGUACAUGGACACCAAUGACAGCAGCAGCUGUAACUAUGACAGCCAGAGUAUCCCAGGAUCUGUGAUGGAGGUCUACCCCUCCCACACCCCCGCCAUCCUGACCAGAGAGCACAUCACCACCAUGCAGCAGCUCUCCACCUCCCUCAACAGUAUUGUGCAUUUAACAGCCAGACAUGGAACAGAGGUGGAAUCUUUGAAGGCCCAGCUAGCAGAGGCAAACGAGAGAAUCAACAAGCUGUCUGCGGAGGUCCACGAUAAACGGGGAGGUAGCUACAGACAGCAUCACACGCUGGAGGAGCUACGGAACAUCCAGGAGCAGGUCCAGAGGGAGAAAGCGGUGUUAGCCAGACAGCGGGAGAACGAGAUGAGGCAGAUAAACAUAGAACGGGCUCUACUGGACGAGCAGCGCAAACAGCUGGAAAAAGAUCAGGCUGAUUUACUGGCAAAGAAAGAAGAUUUAAAGAGACAGAAAGAAGCUUACCAGCGACAAAUUGACAUGUGGCAACAAGAGAAGAUAAUUCAUAGGGAUUCCCCUGUAGAUAAAACAGUCAGUUCACAAGGGGGAGUGAUAUUAAGGGACAAAGAAAACCUGAAGGGAAGCAGCUCCACGGAUCCCAGAAAUGUUACCUGUCCUGACUCGCCCAGUCAGAACUCACACCGACGAUCAGCAAGUGCCGACUUCUGCUCCAUGAUAGAGGGAGACCUUGAGAGGCUGAAAUCAGGUCACAUGAAAACCACCCGCCGUGAGCUUCCCGCACGACCUGAUCAGCCACGAGGUGUCCAGGCGGCAGCAAGUUUCUCUUCAAGUGUGUCGAGUAAAUUAGCUGGAAAUAAGAGCCAGAAACUGCCUGCACAUUUGUUAAGUGCUAAAAAUGAACAGAAGAAAUCAGGCUCUCCCUCUCCACUUUCUCAAUCUACUGGUUCUAAUAAAGGAGUUCAGCAGGUCCUGCCAUUCAAACUAGCAGAUGUGGGGGGAAAGUCAGGUUCACAACAGAUCACGGGAAGUCAAAGCGUGUCAAAUAUCUACAAAUCAAAUCGCCCCCAGCAACAGCAGAAAUCAUCGUCAUCAUCCUCACUUUUGGGUGGAGUGUUAAAAUUGGCAGAGCCAGGUGCCAAGGGGAAAACCCCAAAUAACAAUGGAGGACAGAAAUCAUUGUCUGUGGACAGUGGACAGAGUAGUGAUGCCAAAAAUAAUGCUCAGGAAAAACCCGGCCAUCAGAAAAAUGGCAGUGGGAUUUUCUAUAUGUAACAAAUAUAGAUGAUAGACAUGUGCCAUACAAUUGCCAGACCAUUAAAGACUAAACAAGGGCAGGUAACCAGCCAAGUCCUGUUCCAGUAGUGUAUAUCUGAUUGGAUGAUACCAACAGAAGUCAACCAAUUGUCUUCUCUCUCAGGAACGCCGCAUCAUAUCACCUUCCUGUUUGUUGAUUGGACAAAGCUCCUUUCUCAUCAAAGCCAAAGACUGCCUAAUUUCCAGAAUUAGACAUUUUCAGUUAUCUUCCACUGAUAAUUGAGAUUUUUGUGCAGCAUGAUAUGUGUGGGUGAAAAUCAUGUAAGGAGGCAAAAAAAAAAAAAACAUCAAUAAACUUUUUUUUAAUUUUAAAUAUUUCUUUAUAAAGAUUUAAAUUGUAGUAGGAUAUUAUUAAAAACACUGUCUAAAUAGCUUGCCUGAUAUGAUUUGUCAUCUUUAUAUUUCAUGUUGCCUAAAUUAACACUGAUAAUGAAUUUGUAACAAGUGCUGGCACACUUGGAGAUCUGAGAUAUGUCACAUCACUGUUAGGGUCAUAAUGAGUUUUAAUUUUCAUGGAAAAAUUAGUCGCUAUUUUAAUUAAUGCAGAAAGUUUUAUAUACGUAUAGAGGUUGAUGAAAAGCACACUCUAUAAGUGAUGCAUUUUUCCUUUUAAAUUGUUAUGUGUAGAUGAUGUAUUUAUUAAUUUUUGUGUUUAUUACUCAUUCAGUCACUGUUUGGUUUCCAUGGUAAUAAAAGCAAAAUUUUUAAUUUAAAAAAAAAAGAAGAAUUAUAUGUAUAUUGGAUUUUUGUAAAUUUAUAUAGUGUGAGUAAAGGCCACGUGUUUUAGACUUUAGGAUGCUAAUGUGAUGGUGGUGUGAUUUUUUCAUUACUUGGACUGACUUUGGAUAUUACCCCAGGGUGACAAUCUUUUUAUAGGCUUGACUCUUAAGGGGUUAUCAUCACUACUAAUGUGACCUCUUGUAAUCUUUCAGGAAACAAAUUCCUUACCAAACAUUCCCACACUAAAUAAGAUCUUUAUUUUUAUGACUUUAAUUUUUAUAGCGAUUUUUUUGCCAAAUUGAUUGAGAACUUUUUAACCUGUUUUUUAUAUAGACAUGUGGCCCUCACUUUGUUAUUUAACAUAGAUUUUCAUAUUUGUUCAUUUAUAGGCAAUGUAUUUCAUUAAUCAUUUCAAAGAAUACGUCAACCAUUACAAAGGAACUGCUGAAUACUAACAACCAACUGCACAUGUAGUUCUGUAAUUUUAAACAAGAUUUAUUUUUUAAUGUAAAACCACAUAUCAACUGCUGAUUCAUAAAAUAUUGUCAUUGGAAUGUGUAAUAUUUAUUUUAUUUAUAAAAUUGUACACAGAAGUAGUGAAAAUGUGAAAACUUUAUUAUACAUGAUUAUUAAUAGAUUUGAUGUAAACUUACAAUAUAUUCAAAUUUUUGAAAAGUGAACACAUAUUAAAAGGCAGCUGGUCUGCCAUGCUUAGUGUAACAAGAGAAAACUUGUGUUUGAAGUAGGUGACCUUUGGAUCUGAUCAAAUUUCAAUUCUUUAUUGUUCAA